UACUUCUGCACACCUUCGUCUCUCUUUUUUUUAACACUGAAAAUAUUAUAUAACAUUGACGGAUUCGAAAGUGAGAUACAUGGAUGAUACACUGAGCCAGCAGAACACAUGUUCCCUGGAAACUAUGGCCGGCGAAAACAAGGUUUUCCCGGAAGUUAAAGCCCUAAACAAAGGGAAAUACAACAGACUUUACAAGGAUCAAAAGAAACCAAAGGAUGCACGAAAACAUUAACGCAUACAGAAAAGGUCAAACCCAAAACUUGCAUGCAGAACCACUUAAACUUCAUGUGAACUCUGACAAAGGAUUAUCAAAAACUAGUUGAUAAUCAGAUCCUCCAAUAGUGAAUAAGCACAAUCCAUUUAAUGCAUGUAGACCACAGCUUCAAUUUCAGAAAGACUGAACUGAAACAGACUUUCAAUGGCGAAGGAAGCAGUAAAGCGACCGAAGAAACGCCUAGAAAGAAGCUAACCGAUGGACGAGAACCCGACCAGGUCUCUUGGGAAAUAACAUGGAGCGAUCUGAUCCACGCCAGACCAAACUAAUCCAAAGAUAACAGAUUAGAAAGGGAUCGGACCUGAAGUGAAUCCAGAGUAAAUCACAGAGGAAACAGAGACAUGCAAGCAGGAAGUGAACCGAUUCAACAUCAUCUGAUGGACAAGACAAAAAGAUUUAGAGCCAAUCGCAGACAAGAGAUAAAGUGGGUAAACCACACGGAUGAUCGGAAAGAUCCAGUAACUCUUGCUGCAAAAGGACUAAAUCCCGACCAGAGCAAACAUCAUGCAUCCUUGAAUCUUCGAUCACACCACCGAAGAAAAACAAGAAGAAACGAAAGGAUCGACCGACUCCGGUGUUAGAGAAGCCACCGGAGUCGAUCACCGGAGAUCAAAGAGGAAGCUCGAGAUAGAGAGAAUAUUUAGAGAGAUAAUAUUUUAGAGAGAAGCAGAUGUUGUUUUCGAUCCCCAACUCUCUAUAAAGUCUUAAUUUUAACACACCUUCGUCUCUCUAUAUCUUACUUUCUUAAUAGUGUUUAAUAAUUAUUAUUAUUUCACCUACAUUUCCCAUUUGAUACAAAGUCGCACCAUGUGCAUUGAAAAAAUAAUAGGAAAACUACGAAUGUAUUUGUAGACGGUAGUACUGGUACAGUAUGCAUGAAACACUGCUCUUAAUAUCGGUUGCCUAAGCGCAUAAGAAAGACACCCAAACGCCCUGAUUAUUGUCUAAUCAAACGAAAGCUUUGUUAACGCGUGUGAUUAAUUGGAUGUCUGUUUAAUUUAAUAGAUGUUGGAUCUUCCACAAGGAUAUUCAAUUGAUCCGUACUAUUUUUUUUUGUAAACUAAAAAAGUAAUAAUGAAAGAGUCAGAAAUCCGUACUAUUCAAUUGAUCCGUACUAUUUGUGAAAAUUAUUUAGUUUAAUGGUUUAAUAGAUGAUUCAUUAUACCAAAAACUUUAGAUUUUGAGUUUCAGGAAAAAACACUUUAUCAAUAAUUAUACAGAUUAAUAAUUUUUUUUUUGUAAAUAUUUGAUAUACUACAAUAUAAAUAGAACUAUCAACUAUUUAAAAAAAUAUAGAACUAUUAAACAUAUAUUCUUUUUUGUCUAUGUAUUUCAAUAGAAAACAAUAAAUUCUUGUGAAAAAAAAAAUUAUUACAAACUUUCGAAUUAGUUGAAUGUGAUUUGUUAAGACAUUCCAUAUAAUAGACUUGUAAAACAAAUAUCUUAUCUUGAUAUUCGUCGAAAAUAUACAGUUUUUUUCUACACAACACGGUCAGAAAUUAACUGACAGAAUCAAAGUUGACAAUAAAAAAUGAAAAGAAAAUUCGAGGAAAUAUACUUCUCUCGAAGUAAGAGCAAGUCUCUCUUGAAACUCACGAACACCGGCAACUUAUAAAAAUGGGCUCUUUUUCUCUCCACUCAGACAGAAUCAUUCAAGAUGUCUUCUUCUAUUACACCAACCACCUCCCUUCGGAAGUACGAUGUCUUUCUGAGCUUCAGAGGACCCGACACUCGCCGCAACUUCAUCAGCUUCCUCUACAAAGAACUCGUCCAAAGGAACAUCCGCACCUUCAAAGACGACAAGGAGCUUGAGAGCGGCCAGAGAAUCUCGCCGGAGCUAGACCGCGCCAUCGAGGAGUCGAAGUUCGCCGUCGUUGUCGUCUCCGCGAACUACGCAGCCUCCACAUGGUGCCUUGAAGAACUCGUCAAGAUCAUGGAUGUCGAGAAUAAAGGCUCCCUCACCGUGAUCCCCGUCUUCCACGGCGUUGACCCGUGUCACGUGAGGCGGCAGAUCGGUCAAGUCGCCGUACAGUUGGAGAAGCACGAGAUGAGAGAAGAUCGCGAGAAAGUCCUCUCGUGGAGACAAGCGUUGACCAAUCUCGCGAGUAUCUCCGGCGUCUGCACAUUGAAAUGGGAAGAUGACUCGAUGAUGGUCGAUGAGAUUGCUAAGAGGAUAUCAACGGUGAUUGAUACAACGAGAAAACCAACGAGAACCGGAAGUAACCUAGUGGGGAUUGAUGCACACAUGAAAGCGCUGUCACGGUUAGUAGAUCUGAACUCUUCGAAGAAGAAUGUGAGAGUUGUCGGGAUUUGGGCGAGAGGAGGCAACGGUAGAUCAGCUCUCGCUAAGUUCGUGUACCAGAACAUCUGUCAACACUUUGAAAGCCAUUGCUUCCUGGAGAACGUGAAGAGGACAUCUCAGGAUCGGCACAUGUCGCAUCUACGCCAAGAGGUUCUUAAAAGGGUGCAAGUAGAAUCGAACCAGAAGGUUCUGCUAGUGGCGAACGAAGUUAAUAAACUUGAACACUUUGAUGCUCUUGCAGAGGAUUUCAGCUGUUUUGGACCGGGGAGUAUAGUUAUCAUCACUACACAAGACAAGCAGCUUCUUGUUUCGGCCGGGAUAAAGCUUGUUUACGAAGUGGAGCUUCUGAGGUUCCGGAAAGUUCGUGAACUAUUUAGACAGUUGGGCUUCAGAGUGAGAGAGAGAGCCAUUGAGUCGGUUUUGUGUAAGGGAACUAGUCUUGCCAUGAAAUGGUUAAGUUGUUGUCUACGUGUUAGAUCUGGUUAGGGGAAAGUAUCUUAAUCGUUUUUUUUUCAUGUAUCAUUAAGUUUAGUGUGGCUAAACCUAGUAAGAUGUGGCUUACACCUAGGAAUGUUUUAUACUAUUUUUGGAGUGAGUUUGCUGGUGUAUAGAAGAAUUAUCAUUCUUGAUUUGAUUAAAUAAUACAAAUUCUUUUUCAA